AUGAGGAAUACACUUGCGAUUGCACUCUUUGCUGGGGCGCUGGUGAUACUAUCGUGCGCCAUUUGCAUAGUGGGCACAAUCACCUGCCCAAAUUGUGGCAACAUGACCGUCCCUUAUCCGUUGAGCACCAGAUCAAGCUGUGGCGACCAGUCGUACAAAGUCCGGUGCAGCUUCGGGACACUGUUCUUCGACGUGCUGAAUGGGUCGUCUUACAUCAUCAUGUCCAUCAACCCACAGUUGCAGAGGCUAGUGAUUAGGCCGUCAGAUUGGGUCGACCAUGCUUGCAUGUCUGCCGACUACAGGAGCAAGGGAAUCUACCUCGACCCAAGCCUUCCCUUCAACAUAACCAGCAGCAACACCCUGGUGCUGAUGAACUGCUCCACUGAAGUGUUGUCAUUGGCUAUAGAUUGUACACCGACCAGCAUAUGCCACGCAUAUCUCAGGGACAAUCCCCUCGCAGCAGCCUCGUGCAGUAACUUCUCCUUGUGCUGCUCACUCAAGACAGGCGGGUCCCAGAACGAGUACAUUAUCAGGAUCCGCCAGGACCGAUGCGCGGCUUACCAGAGCUUCGUUAAUCUGGACACUUCGCUGCCAGUGAGCAAGUGGGUGGCGUUCACGGGGUUGGAAUUGGAGUGGGAAUUGCCUCAGGAGCCAUUGUGCAACUCCCAGGUGGAUUGCCGGAACUCAGCAAAUUCGAUGUGCUCUGUGGACCCCGUGAAGGCCGCGCAAAAACGGUGCUUUUGCCAAUCCGGGUUUCGGUGGGAUCCAAUUGCGGGUGUAUGUUACAGUAAGUGGGACAGCAAGUCACCAGAAGAUUGCAAGCAGCACAGCAAAAGUCCACUAAUUGCAGGUUUAACCUUCAGCGCCGCUGCAGUCCUGUUCGGCUUCGCAGUUCUUUUUGUAGUCCACUGGCAGCGCAAGCACAUCAAGAGAGAAGCACAACUUAGUUUGACCAAAAUGCGCGAAGACAUCCUCAAUGCCAAUUGCAGCGGCAAAGCGGCCAAGAUCUUCACGGGGAAGGAGAUCACAAGAGUAACAGGCAACUUCUCCAAAGAGAACCUCCUUGGCGUUGGUGGCUUCGGCGAGGUCUUCAAGGGCACCCUUGAUGACGGAACUGUAAUUGCCGUCAAGCGAGCCAAGCUCGGGAACACAAAGGGAAUAGACCAGAUCUUGAACGAGGUCCGGAUCCUUUGCCAGGUGAAUCAUCGGAGCCUGGUCAUACUGCUGGGUUGCUGUGUGGAUCUUGAGCUGCCUCUGCUAAUUUACGAGUACAUAUCUUAUGGAAAUCUUUUUGACCAUCUUCACGGCGCAUACAAAUGUAAAUGGGCUCCACUCACGUGGUACCGUCGGCUCAACAUCGCCCACCAAACAGCCGAGGGACUUGCAUAUCUUCAUACUUCAGCCGUACCGCCCAUUUUCCACAGGGAUAUCAAAUCUAGUAACAUACUACUAGAUGAAAAGCUUGAUGCUAAAGUGUCCGAUUUCGGGUUAUCAAGGUUAGCUGAGACAGAUGCAACUCACAUCACGACCUGCGCUCAAGGAACACUCGGUUAUCUUGAUCCAGAAUACUAUCUGAAUUUUCAACUUACUGAUAAGAGCGAUGUAUACAGCUUUGGGGUUGUUCUGCUAGAGUUGCUGACUUCAAAGAAGGCCAUCGACUUCAAUCGAGAUGAGGAAGAUGUAAACUUGGCAAUACAUAUCAAGAAGACAAAAGAAGAAAGACUGAUGGACGCGGUUGAUCCGGCAAUCAAAGAGGGUGCCACAAAGUUGGAAUUGGAGACCAUGAAGGCGCUCGGAUAUCUCGCGUCAUCGUGCUUGGACGAGCGGAGGCACAACCGCCCCAAUAUGAAGGAAGUGGCUGAUGAAAUUGAAUAUAUCUCCAGUAUACUUCGAGGAGGAUAA